AUGCCCCUCAAUGGUUUUCUGCGGCAGACAGCUCACCCAAUUGUAGCUUCCUUCAAUUCUCAUAAACUUCUGCUCUAUGGUCUAGUCUCUACAAUUGCAGUUUCGGCGACCAUCGCAAAUGCACUCCGAUGUCACAGUAAUUUCUAUUCUGUGGCAAUUUAUCUUUCAAAGAGUAAUAGCAGUGUAUUGAUCCUUGCGAAUUUCGGCCUUCUUGUUGCAUUGCUGUGUGGGCAACUCGUGCAACAGAUAUUCUUUGGUACCCUUCGUCCUCAGGAGGUGGAGCGUCUAUAUGACCGUCUUUGGUUCUUCGUCACGGAAUCUUUGCUGGCAUUCACUAUCUUCAGGGAUGACUUUGACAUUCCAUUUGCCUUGAUGUUCGGCUUUUUGUUGUUUGUUAGGUCGUUUCACUGGCUUGCUUCGGACCGAAUUGAGUGGAUGGAUCAACGCCCAUAUCCCGGCCCUCCCACACUGUUUCAUGUUCGAAUGACGAGUCUCUUUGUCAUACUUUGGUGCAUAGACCUAUUGAUGUUUGCGGUUGCGGUCGAAAGUACGUUGAAAAAUGGCAUAGGGGGUAUGAUGAUGUUUGCCAGCGAGUACGCCAUUUUGAUGGCGAGCGCUACGAAUACUACCGCAAAGUAUUGCGUUUGCGUUAUCGAUUUGAGACGCGCAAGACAAAGGGGUGGCGAGAAUGCGCCUCCGUGGCAGAAUAAAAGCAUGUGGGUUUUCUAUAUCGAACUGGUUACCGAUUUCUUAAAACUUACCACGUACCUUCUAUUCUUCCUCCUUAUCGUGGCAUUCUAUGGAUUGCCGCUGAACAUCAUCCGAGAUGUUUAUCUCACCGGGCGGUCGUUUGUGACACGAUUGCGCGCGCUUAUCCGAUAUAGAGCUGCCACUCGCAACAUGGAUGAGCGCUACCCUGACGCGAGCGAGGAAGAAAUGUCGGCUAUGACAGAUCGAACUUGCAUUAUCUGCCGCGAGGAGAUGUUCAUUCAUAGCGCCUCUGGGAAUCGGGAAGAAGAUUCGGGCUCGAACCCUGCACAGCAAAAUUCUGAUGGCCCCAACACCACACCAAAGAAGCUGCCAUGCGGCCAUAUUUUCCAUUUCUAUUGCCUUCGAUCCUGGCUUGAGCGCCAGCAAAGCUGCCCUACUUGUCGACGCAGUGUACUUGAGAAUCCCGCGCAAGAACAGCAGCGUGCUGUGGGUCCUCAGCUAGGAGUUAUACCUGGACAGCCAAUUAAUUUUGGCAACCCACUGGCUCCAGGAAAUCAACCGCAGGCACCGCGCAACGUUAAUAAUCCACGCCCACUAAACGCAGUUGCUCAGGGGUGGGUGCCCGGGCAAGCACCAGGCGUCGUCAUUCAAUAUAAUAUCCAGUACCAAGGGCCACCGCCUUCACGAGACGCCACUCAAACCACAACUACUCCACAGCCUGUGCCUCGUUUUCCUGGAUUCACUGGCCUCGAUGGACAAUGGCGUCACUGGGGUAUGGAUCCCCGAUGGUUUGGUAAUGAUCCAGCCAUUGGAGAAAGGACCCCUCCUCAGCCAAACGCAAAGCCUUCGGGUGCCUCAGACCAAGGUGACUCACGGCCGAAUCCACGAGAGGCUGCCGCCGCCGCCGCAUCCCAGCGAUUUGGAAACCAGAAUACCCAGAGAUCUAAUGAUGAGGCACCUGCACCUAGCAAUGACACACCUGCUGUCAGGCCUGGUUUUGGUGAGGCGCUUGAAGUGUUACCUUCUGAUGCCAAUGGCUCUUCUGCUAUGCCGAAUUCAGGCUUGGAAAUACCUUCUCUCAUACCAUUAUCCGCCCAUGAAAUUCCUUCGCUAAUAGGUACAUUACGCGGCGCUGACACGCACAUGUGGCAGCCAAUCCCACCAUCUGUAGUACGUCCGCCAAGUUUCAGCGCUUCCGUCACCGCGGAAACCGUUCAGACGCCAUUACGUGGGCUGCCACCCAAUUUGACAGAUGAGCAGCUAAUGCUCAUGGAUCAAAUCACUCGGGAAGCCAUCGACGAGAGACUCAGGAUACUCGAGGGUGUUUCUGUUGCAGUUAGUCGUUGUGUGGAGGAUCUCACUCGGGUACGAAGCGCUUUGCCAGAUUCUAGCAACACACCGUCGAUUUCAACUGUGACGCAAUCGCAUGAUAAUCCACCCUCCCCUGGCACUGCAGAGCCUAUGUAACGUACUUGUACUGUCGUUACACUGUCGAAUAACAUCCUGGCUAUCUGGAAUGUUGUCAAUUUAUUUAUGCUUGGUACUUAAUAUAUUCAAAUGUUCAACAGGAGCGCUUCAGCUUUGCGCUUUACAGUUUCGGUGUCCACAUUUGAUUUAUCUACUUUAGAGUAGAAGAUCUUGUAUACUUGCCCAAGGAUUUUGCGUGAAUCUCCAUCGAGUGUUGUCUCAGCAAUCACCUCGUUGAGAACGCGGUCA